CAUGUCUAACCAAAAGCUCCGAGUCGGCAUCGCCGGCCUUGGCCGAAUGGGCAAGCGCCAUGCUGUCAAUUUUACCCUUACGCCCCGGGUGACUGUUGUGGCAGCUAGUACCCCCGAUGAAAGGGAACGCGAAUGGGCAGUGGAGAACCUCGAAGGCGUAAAGACCUAUCACGACUACGAAGAAAUGCUUGAGAAAGAAGACCUGCAAGCGGUGGUGGUCGCAAGUAUCACUGCUGUUCAUGCGGAGCAAACGUUGAAGGCUAUUGAAAAGGGCCUGCAUGUUCUUUGCGAAAAGCCUCUCAGUAUCGAUGUUGGCAUUGCGCAAUCCGUGGUGGACGCAUAUGACAGAUCCCUUCAAACCAAUCCUGACCAGAAAGUGAUGUGCGGGUUUUCAAGACGCUUCGACGCAUCUUACCGCGAGGCCUUCACAAGAAUCGCACAAGGAGAAUACGGCCAGCCGGUGGUAUUCCGCUCGCAAACCGCCGAUCUCCUCGACACAUCCGGUUUCUUUGUAGAAUAUGCCAAAACCAGCGGCGGCAUCUUCGUCGACUGUUCCAUCCACGACAUCGAUCUCAUGCUCUGGUUCCUUGGAGAAGAUCGCCAAAUCAAGAGUCUGCAAGCUGUCGGAGUCGCAGCUGUUCACCCGGGACUGGAAGCUAGCAAUGACCGCGACAAUGCAAUCGCGACGAUUGAGUUCUCAGGUGGGAGGAUCGCCUCUCUGUAUUGCUCGCGCAUGAUGGCUGCUGGACAGGAAGAUACCACCGAGAUUAUCUGCACAAAGGGCUCUUUGAGAGUGAAUAUGGAAGGCCGAAAGAAUUAUGUUGAGAUCCAUGACUCGAUGGGUGCGAGGCGCGAGCUUCCGCAGCAUUACUAUGAGCGGUUCAGGGAAGCUUUUGUCACUGAGGCACUGGAGUUUACAGCAUGUUGUUUGGAUAAUAAGCCAACACCGAUUAGCCUUCAGAGCUCGGUUAAAGCUGUGACUGUUGGACAAGCGUUGCAGCGGAGCUUGGUUACCGGUGAGAAAUUGUUUUUUAAAGAGGAGGUCGUGGGAUAGAUAGAGUU